CGGCAGUCGCUCAAUCUAUUUUCUCAUCCCACUGACCCAACUGAGUUCUGCCAUGAGCAAGUCAUUCUCCUCCUCUUCUCAGACGUCCUCCUCCUACCGUCGGACCUUCGGUUCCGGCUUUGGCACUUUGCCGACCAUGUCCCGCUCCUCCUUUACCGGCCGGGGCACCUCAGGCUCCUCUCACCUGAGCUCUCGCGUCUAUGAGGUGAGCAAGAGCGCCUCGCUGCCCAGCCACUCCAGCUUCCGCAGCUCGUCGUCCGGCAUCGGUAGCUCCUCCGUACGCUCCCUAGUGGAGCCACUCGACUUUGGCCUGGCAGAUGCCAUGAACCAGGAGUUCCUGCACACGCGCACCAAUGAGAAGGCUGAGCUGCAGCACCUGAAUGACCGCUUCGCCAGCUACAUCGAGAAGGUGCGCUUCCUGGAGCAGCAGAACCAGGCCCUGGUGGUGGAGAUCGAGCGACUGCGCAGCCGUGAGCCCACGCGUGUCGCCGAGAUGUACGAGGAGGAGAUGCGUGAGUUGCGUCGGCAGAUCGAGGCGCUGACUAAUCAGAGAUCACGUGUGGAAGUGGAGCGAGACAACCUGGCAGAAGACCUACAGAAACUCAAACUCAGGCUGCAGGAGGAAAUCCACCUGAAGGAGGAAGCUGAAAACAACCUGUCUGCCUUCAGAGUUGAUGUGGAUGCCGCAACUCUUGCCAGGCUGGAUCUGGAGAGGCGCAUCGAGACCCUGCAGGAGGAGAUCAUCUUCCUCAAGAAGAUCCACGAGGAGGAGAUCCGAGAGCUGCAGUCCCAGAUGCAGGAGACCCAGGUGCAGGUGCAGAUGGACACAUCCAAACCGGACCUGACGGCAGCGCUGAGGGACAUCCGGGCCCAAUACGAGGGCAUUGCGGCGAAGAACAUCGCAGAGGCCGAGGAGUGGUAUAAGUCCAAGGUGUCAGAUCUGAACCAGGCUGUCAACAAAAAUAAUGAUGCUCUGAGGCAGGCCAAACAGGAGACCAUGCAGUUCCGGCACCAGAUCCAGUCCUACGUGUGCGAGAUCGACUCCCUGAAGGGCACCAACGAGUCCCUCAUGAGGCAGAUGAAGGAGAUGGAGGAUCGUCUCGGCAUGGAGGCCAGUGGGUACCAGGACACCAUUGCUCGCCUUGAAGCUGAGAUCGCCAACAUGAAGGACGACAUGGCCAGGCACCUGCGGGAAUACCAGGACCUGCUCAAUGUCAAGAUGGCUUUGGAUGUGGAGAUCGCCACCUACAGGAAGCUGCUGGAAGGAGAAGAGAGCAGGAUCACGCUUCCUGUCCAGACAUACUCCACCCUGAACUACCGAGAGACUAACCCAGAAGUCCAUUCGAGAGGGUCCGAGGUUCACUCCAAGAAAACGGUGCUAAUCAAGACCAUCGAGACCCGUGACGGGGAGGUGGUCAGCGAAUCCACACAGCACCAGCAGGACAUCAUGUAAAGGGGAGUGAGACCCAAGACAGACAAGAGGGACUCCGACGCACCAAGCCAGCCUUCGCUUUUUUAAUGGACAGACAUACUGCCAAGCUAUAGGAAAAAUGUCACUUGUGGAAUCAGCAUGUCACGCAGGUAAUGAGUGAAAAAAAUGAAAGAGGAGAAGAUGAUGGGAAAACUCAAUAUGGAAACUGUCAGGAAGUAUCCUAGAACGCCACAGCUAGUGCUCUGCAGGGAAUCCUGCUUGUCUUUUAUCAUUUGUACGUAAAAUCAGCAGUAAACAAACAGUCAUUAGACAUGCUUAUCAUGUCGGCUGGUAUCUGGGCUCUCUUUGGGUGCAAAUGUAUUCUUCUAAAAAGAUGUGAAAAAUAAAUGGGAAAACUACUAUUAAAGUCUUUUCUUCAUA